AUGAGUGCCAGCAUCCAGACCGUCGAGUUCGAGCCCUUCCAGGACCAGAAGCCCGGAACUUCUGGCCUGCGAAAGAAGGUCGUCGUCUUCCAGAAGCCGCACUACAGCGAGGCCUUUGUUGCCAGCAUUCUGCUGUCCAUCCCCGAAGGCGCUGAGGGCGCUUUCCUCGUCAUCGGUGGCGAUGGUCGAUUCUGGAACCCCGAGGUGAUCCAGCUGAUUGCCAAGAUCAGUGCCGCGUAUGGCGUCAAGAAGCUUCUCAUCGGCCAGAACGGAAUCCUCUCUACUCCCGCAGCCAGCCAUGUCAUUCGCCUUCGCAAGGCGACGGGUGGUAUUCUGCUCACAGCCAGCCACAACCCUGGCGGCCCUACGAACGAUUUCGGCAUCAAGUACAACCUGGCCAACGGCGGUCCCGCUCCCGAGUCUGUUACCAACAAGAUCUACGAGACGUCCAAGACCUUGACGUCGUAUAAGCUUGCUUCCAUCUCCGACAUCGACAUCUCCACUAUUGGCACAACCACCUAUGGCCCCCUCGAGGUUGAGAUCAUUGACAGCACCGCCGACUACGUCACCAUGCUCAAGGACAUCUUUGACUUUGACACCAUCAAGAAGUUCUUCUCCUCCCACCCCGACUUCAAGGUCCUGUUUGACGGCCUCCACGGAGUCACUGGCCCCUACGGCAAGGCCAUCUUUGAGAAGGAGCUUGGACUCACUGGUGCCACCCAGAACUGCAUUCCCAGCCCCGACUUCAACGGUGGACACCCCGACCCUAACCUCACCUACGCCCACUCCCUGGUCGAGGUUGUCGACAAGAACAAUAUUCCCUUUGGUGCCGCUUCCGAUGGUGAUGGUGACCGAAACAUGAUUUACGGCGCCAACGCCUUUGUCUCUCCCGGAGACUCUCUCGCCAUCAUUGCCCACCACGCCAAGCUCAUCCCCUACUUCCAGAAGAACGGCGUCAACGGCCUUGCUCGAUCCAUGCCCACCAGCGGCGCCGUCGACCUGGUUGCCAAGGCACAGGGCCUCACCAGCUACGAGGUCCCUACCGGCUGGAAGUUCUUCUGCGCCCUCUUCGACGCGAAGAAGCUGUCCAUCUGUGGCGAGGAGAGUUUCGGAACUGGUAGCGACCACAUCCGUGAGAAGGAUGGCCUGUGGGCUGUCGUUGCCUGGCUGAACAUCAUCGCCGCCCUUGGUGUCCAGAACCCCGGCGCUACCCCCUCCAUCAAGCAGAUCCAGAAGGACUUCUGGACGCAAUACGGACGCACCUUUUUCACCAGAUACGACUACGAGAAUGUCGACUCUGACGGCGCCAACAAGGUUGUUGGCGAGCUCGAGGCUUUGGUGGCCGACCCUAAAUUUGUGGGCAGCACCAUUGGCGAGCGCACCGUCACCAAGGCUGGCAACUUCUCCUACACUGACCUGGAUGGCUCAGUCUCAUCCAACCAGGGCCUGUACGCCGGCUUCUCCUCUGGCAGCCGCAUCGUCGUCCGUCUCUCCGGUACUGGCUCAUCCGGCGCCACCAUCCGCCUGUACAUUGAGCAGCACACUAGCGAUCCUUCCAAGUACGACCUUGAUGCUCAGGACUUUUUGAAGGACGAGGUCAAGUUUGCUACUGAGCUGUUGAAGUUUAAGCAGCACAUUGGCCGUGACGAGCCCGAUGUCAAGACCUAA